CACCUUGUUUCCACCCGCAAGACCCAAAAAGUCAUCAUUACUCUUGUCAUAACAAAUCCAUCUCCCUUCAAAUCCACCCCUCGACACCAACGCAUAUCCACUGAGACACGCUACCCCACAGCUGUGAAUCGACGACACUCGAACAAGGAGAAAAAAAAUCGAUUUCAAAAACCGACUUUUGACCAGAAACAUCCCCCGGGCCUUUUUUAUCUAACAAUACAUCAUGUCUGCUGCUGAUCACGGACGAGACCCCUGCCCGUAUGUCAUCUUGAACGAUUUCGGCGGUGCGUUCUCGAUGGGUGCGAUUGGCGGUGGUAUCUGGCACGGUAUCAAGGGUGCGAGAAAUAGCCCCAGAGGCGAGCGUCUCGUCGGAUCCCUCUCUGCUAUCAAAGCCCGUGCGCCCGUGCUCGGUGGUAACUUUGGCGUUUGGGGUGGUCUUUUCUCAACUUUUGACUGUGCGGUCAAGGGGUAUAGGCAAAAGGAGGAUCCAUGGAACGCCAUCAUCUCUGGUUUCUUGACAGGUGGCAGUUUGGCACUUAGGUCCGGUCCCAAGUCUGCGUUCGGAUCAGCAGUCGGUUGUGCCAUUCUUCUGGGAGUGUUUGAAGGUGUCGGUGUCGUCGCGAAUAGGAUGAUGGCCCAGCCCAUCCCUCAAAUGCAAUUACCCGAACAAGCACCCCCGCCCGUCGCCCCCGCUGUCGCCACCGCCUAGAACCAUCCCCCCCCCCCUCUCCCGACUAAGUCAACGAAAGCAAGCUUGUAGCCAGGACAGAUUCAGAAUUCGGAUUUAUGGUGUAGAUGAAUGAACCCGGGCCUUGCUUGUAUAAUCACCUCUCUUUGCAUGCAUUUUCUCUCUAGACGCGAUA